AUAGAAAAACACACACUAACAAAAACAAAAGAAAGGAACGGGCAUCACAAAGUCAUAUGAUCAUCAUCGCAAGGCUAAUCAUGGUGCGUCUGUACUAUGAUCGCGUGUUUCUUCUUGCGCUUCUGUUAAUGGCUUCAUGCUCUCCACCACUUGCGCGCUCUGCUUCCACAGUUGAAUUCCUUCCUGGCUUCCAAGGACCACUGCCUUUUCAACUCGAAACUGGAUAUGUGGGAGUUGGUGAAUCGGAGGAAGUGCAGCUUUUCUACUACUUUGUCAAGUCGGAGGGGAAUCCUGAGAAAGACCCUCUCUUGCUUUGGCUAACUGGUGGUCCCGGUUGCUCUGCUUGGUCCGGUCUUGUUUAUGAAAUAGGCCCACUGAAUUACAAGAUUGAGCCAUAUAAUGGAAGUCUACCCACAUUGGUUUUAAAUCCAUACUCUUGGACAAAGAUAUCUAGCAUAGUCUUCAUAGACUCCCCUGUUGGCACUGGAUUUUCUUACUCAAAAUCUUCAUCAGCAUCCGAGACGGGAGAUCUAAAACAAGUGCAAGGUCUCUUCCAAUUUUUCAAGAAGUGGUUGAUUGAUCAUCAAGAAUUCAUCUCAAAUCCGGUAUAUAUCGCCGGAGAUUCAUACUCUGGCAUUACUGUCCCUGUCCUAGCCCAAGAAAUUUCAAACGGAAUUGAAGAAGGCAUCUUACCUCCUAUAAAUCUCCAGGGAUACAUACUGGGGAACCCCGCAACAAGUCCAUCAGAUGACAAUUACAAAAUACCAUUUGCUCAUGGAAUGGCACUUAUUUCAGAUGAACUAUUUAGGUCCUUGAAGAGAAGGUGCCGGGGAAAGUAUUAUGGAAACAUUGAUUCGAGUAACACCGAGUGUUUGAAAGAGUUCCGAGGUUAUGAAGAGUGCAUUUCAGGAAUUCGGUCAACACAUAUUUUGGAACCAGACUGUACUCGUGCUUUGACGAAACCACAUGAAGAUAAAAUUGACGAAAGAAGAUCGCUCAAUCAAAAUUCUGAAGCGAAAGUUCUCCUUUCUGAAUCACCACUUCCAUGGUUUGGUUGCCCAGGGUAUCCCCACUUGCUGUCUCGUUAUUGGGCCAAUGAUCCUCAUGUCCGCAAAGCACUUCACAUACAAAAGGGAAGUAUUGGGGAAUGGAAUCGCUGCAAUUGGAGCUUACCUUAUCAACACAAUAUUCACAGCAGUGUUGAGUAUCAUGCCAACCUUAGUGCUAAAGGCUACAGAUCACUAAUAUAUAGCGGAGAUCAUGACAUGAAAGUCCCGUUCUUGGCGACUCAAGCGUGGAUAAGAUCUCUAAAUUACACCAUUGUAGAUGACUGGAGGUCAUGGGUUGUCCAAGGCCAAAUUGCAGGGUAA